CAGCAAUCGAUCCGGUCUCGGCGACAGUCGCUUUUGGUGUUCUUCCUGCGUGCGCGAAAGAAGAGUUUCUAGCUCGAGAAUAAAACUUAAUAUUUUUUGGAAUUAUUCAGAUUAAAUUCGUAGUUAUCCGCGGACCACACGCAAAACGUGAUUGUGUAUAAGUACUUUGACAAAAAUGGUGGAACAACAGAAACAAAGAAUCGAGCUGGAAUUGUCUCGCCGCGUAGAUGAAUUGGACCGCACAAUCUUGCGUAAGAUGCAGGGUGAAAUGCACGAAUGUGCAGCACGUUGUUGUAGGGACAGCAAUGCCAGCAUGGACUCUGUACAGCGCUGCAUAGAAGCCUGCUCAACACCGGUACAACGCGCUCAGCAACACGUAGAAACCGAACUAGGCAAUUUCAAUAAUCGACUGCAACGUUGUGUCAUGGAUUGUAACGAUUCCAUCAAAGAUAAAAUGGGUCCGAAACCGUCCGAUGAGGACAUUUCCAAGUACACCGCGAUGUUCGAACGCUGUGCAAUCAAGUGCGUCGACAAACAUGUAGAUUUAUUGCCCGGAUUGUUCAAAUCCAUGCAUCAGGUGCUAGGGAACAAAUGAUUCUAGCGUUAAAACUAUUAAGGCCCACUUGUGUUCUCUGAUUGGGUUUUUGUACAGAAUUUGGUUACUAAAACCAAUUAAAACGAUGCAUUUCACAGUUGACAUCAUCUAGUGUUACCGUUAAAAUAUGUUUGGGAAUAUAUUAAAAAUGUACAAUGAA